AUGACAACUGUGAAAACUUUUUCUCUUACGAGCCAAAACUUACAAAAGUUUGAGAGAGAGCUCAAAAACGGAAAGAGGAAAAGGAAGUCCUUACAAAGAAAUGUGAAUCCAGAGAGAACUGAGGCAGAUGGAAGAAGCUCUGGAAUUCAGUCGUGCGGCUCACAAUCGAGUGCCUUUAAGGAAAGUGUCAGUGACAACUUCAAGGACGUGGAUACCGAAAAAGUAACAAAACCUAGAAAUAACUCUUAUUCCUUAGAUCGCCCAGAGCGAGAGGCUUUCCGAAGAAAUCCUGAAGGGCAGAGCCGAAACGAGAGCUCUACCGCUACACCGCACGUUUCGAAAAUUAAUUACGAGGAAGGAAGUGUACUAAUCAACUACAGUAGUGACAGCGAAAAGGAUAAAAACGAACUUAACUCGGCUGAUGAGCGGGAGGAAGAAGAAGAAGAAGACAGCGAUGAUGAUGACGAUGAAGACGAAACUGAAGAAGAAAGUGAUGAAAGCGACGAUGAGAGUGAUGAAAGUGAUGACGACGAAGAAACUCCAACACGAGAAUUUGGAACUCCUACCACUAUCCGAACACACUACACGAGCAGUUUAAAUGCAAGCAUCAGCAGCAUUCCUACUAUUGCUUCAGCAAGAAGCACUCCUGAGUCCAUAAUCACGAUUAAAACGACGAAAACGGUAAGAAAAGGAAGUGCACACUCCAAUGUAAGUUCGGCGCCAUCUUACGUUUUAAAUAGCAAUCAAUAUCGCAUGAAGAAAAUGGCAGCAAAGAAAGAGAAAGAGCGUGGCCAGAAUCACGAGGACUAUGAAAAUGAGUCAGAGUUAUCUUUCGGACCCGAACAGCGAUCACCGUCGGCUGCGACUAGAAUGCGUGACAAAGGUACUACAAGCGUGCAUAGCGACGGAUCUUACGUGACCACAAGAAACUGGUCACGAUGGAGUCAUUACAGUGCAGCGGGGUACAGCAUAAGUGAAGCACCUGAGGCCAUUCGUAGGCAUAACAAAUAUUCGACAGUAAAAACCACAGCCACAGGAAAACAAGCAAAGAAUUUCAAGCCUGAAACUUACUUCCGCCCUAAAACCCCUCAUUUACCACUUAUCGGUAAAAGCACUUCAAGUAAUUCUGUUCCCGAUAUGCGAAGAUAUGGUAAGCGUCAUGUGACUCUCACACUGGAUCCUGAUCUUUCACGAGCGCGAUCUGUAAGUCGUAGCCAGAUGGCGUCUCGAAUGAGCACCCGAUCAAUUAUGAAAAAUCCAAAAAUGGCCCGCGGUAAAUCUGUCCCAGACCUCAACAAGGAAGCUAUUAUGUCAUUUUUUGAUAUGGAAAGAGGAAAAAAUAAAUCAGCGGCCCGCCCCGUGAACAACAAAAAAGGCGGAAGGAAAGAAACUUUUAAAAAGUCAGGAACGAGUAUUAUUGAUGAUAUCGAUGUUACAACUCGGCGAAAACGACUUCGUAAGCGGAAGGAACUCCCCCAAAAAACGAGGAUUAAAAGCUCUCUCAGUUCGGCCUCAAGUGACUUUUGGAAUGCACGAAAACGGAAAAAUUCUUUAACAAACAUAGGGUCUUCUUUGUCGAGUGCAUUGUCCAUGUCAUCCAUGAAAUCAAGCAGAGCAAGGCAGAAUAGUAGACCUUCCACUGGUACAAUUAGUAAGGCGAGCUCUUCUAUAAAACAAAACAGGCUACAGCCACUCAGGAAAUACGCUAGUUAUCAGAGCGGCAGUGACCAAAUGUCCACGCGUGCGUCCAUACCAGCGUGUGAUACACCUAUCAGCUUAAUCCUUAAGCGCACUCCGAGCCUGCGGUCUGUUAUGACAGAGUACAGUAGCUAUCUAAGCUUAGCAGCCUCUAGCUUUAAGUCCGUGCGCUCCAGCUCCAGAUCAAGUCUCUCGAGCACUGGUAGGUAUAACUUGCUGUUUUGAUAAUGACAGCUUAUUCACAUGUCUUAAGCCUGACUACUCCGACUUUGGAUUUUAUGCAAGCUAAAAUGCAUUCGUAACCUGUGCUAUGGAGUGUAUAUGACAUGACUGACAUGACAUUUUGACAUAAUGUCUUCUCGAAAAAUAGUUUUACUAAAGUGCCUCUGCUUUCUCGAUAUUGCAUAUUUUUAUGAGAAAAUUGAAGAAUGGUUAGUUUCGGAUUAAAAGUGUGACUCAGUGCAACGGGUGGGAUGAAAAUGAGAUUUACUCCGGUAAACUGAGAAGCUGUUUUCUUUUAAAGAUUCAAUUUAGGUGGAAGAACAAAACCAACACUAAACGUUUGAACAUGUGAAAUAAUUAUAACUUAAAUGGCAUCUUUAAACCUUGACUUUCUUCUUAUUUGGUUGAUUGGGUUAAAAAUCCUUGUUAUUUUCAACCCAGACAUCCAGGCGAAGAAAGCGUUUUUAAUUACAGCUUAUUAAAGAAAUGUAAAUUAAAGGCAAUGACAUCUGCUACAAACGGUGCUUUGAAGUCAUUUAAAGUACAGCUCCGAAUUUACCAAUGGGCGAGCGAUAAGAAAUAUAGCUUAUAAAAUAUUUACUGCCCUGGUUUAGUCAAUCGCGCAUAUAGUGGUCUCUAUGAACCCAACAGUUCAAAGAGUCUCGGCUUGUGUGAGUGUUAAGCUUACAAUUCUUGAAACAUUUUGAUGAGGGGAGAGUUCUUUUACAAUGGAUCUACAAAUGAACGAUUCGAAAGACGAAAUUAAAGUCGAGGACGUCGAAUCUUACAAUGGUAAGUUGACGUCCGAUUAUUUUUGAAGUCAUUAAACGACGCAGUUUCAAGUGAUAUAAAUAAUCAAGUACAGAAUCCAGUUACGAUUUUUAUUUAGAUAUGAAGAUGAGUUGAUAAAGAGCUCUUUACAGGUUUGCCAUCGCUGAUUUUUAGAUAAUUAUACAGGACAAAUUUUCACAGGCUUAGUAACUAAAUAACAAAGUUGCAAUAUUUCUCUCCUUCGACAAGACAGAAACAAACUUGCUUUGUGACUCUGUCAGGUCAAAAAAAAUCCAAACAAAACAAAGUAAAGGAGAUUUUUUAAGAAUGCGUGCUUUCCAAAAAUGUUACAACCUAUGUUGGAAAGUAGAAAAGUAAGCGUGCACAGCACAGUUCAUUGUCUGCUUAUUUUCUUCGUUCGAUAUUCGGCCAAAGUUAGAAACUUUAACUAACACAUAUUUGCGCCAAUGCUGAGUUGAACAAAUUUAGGGCACACUCAACAUCAUGAUACUCGGUAACAGGUCACGUAAUUUUUUAUCAUUUAUCUGCAAGUGUGGGUUGAUCCCGUCCCGUAUACCUUAUAAAUAUUUUGCGCUAGGCUCUACUAAAACCUCAAGAUCUGGUUGCCAUGGUGACGAGGAAGGCAUAUUCAGCGGUGGGGGGUUGCAUGAAAAGCUUAAGCAGAUGUCAAGCCACCGGCUGGUCUACAUAAAAAGGAGGUGCUAAGUAAAAAGACUUAGGUGGGAACUGUGUUGAAAGUUGACGAGAGCAAUUCAGUCUUCACAUUAACUGUAGCUAAAUCUUAAAAUGUCAUUUUAUCAUGCAAAAUAGAACACUUUCGGCUUAAAAUAAGCCGAAACACCUUAAAGGUGCUAUUUGUGCAGUCCUAUUCGGUGGAAUACCUCCGGGUUUUUCUUCUUUCUUAUCGUGAAAAGUAAGUAACAAAUCAUUUCCAGACAUCACGUUACUGUAGACAAUUUAUUUACACGUUAGACGGAUGUCUCGCGAUGUGAUACGGGGUUUCAUGUAGUGCAAGUUAGAUGUUCGAACAGAUAACUACGAUCGAUUUCCUGCUCAAAUUUUACUUUUUCUUUUACGAAGAAAUUUCGAGUUAGGAAACUCUGAAGUUAGUAAAAUGUACCUACGAAAAUAAAGAAUUUCAACAAGACAUUAACGACUCCAGGUUACCACACGUAGAACUCGUGAACAUUAUAACUUAAUAGUGAUGUGAACUUCCUCCAUCUUUGUGCCGGAAGUCAAAGUCGAUUUUUUAAACUUAAAUCAAAAGUUACUACCUCCGAAAUCAAAACUUUCACAUUAAACAGUUGCUGUGUUGAUUCAUAAUUCAGAUGGAGAGAGCACAGCUAUAGGCCCAGAAGCCACAAGCCCUGGAAAGGAAGAAAAAGAAGACUUGAAUAACGAGAAGCAAAAGCAGAUAGAACCUGAAAGGAAACCCUCAUCUAAAGCCAGUGAUCAACAAUCUAAACGAAGCUCGUCAGUAAAGAAAGAAGCGCUAAUUUCUUCGAACUCUGAACGGCUUCAUUUACCAGCGGUUCGAACCCAGUCGGUUUCAUCCGAAAGAACUGUAAGCGCUACACCAGUAAAAGGUUUGUCAAAUGUUCGUGCAGGAGCUAUGUAUUCAUUCAUUUUACGUGCCCUGUUUGAAUGUAUCUCAAGGCCUCUCUUUCAUUUUGUUUUGGUUUUCCCGGCUUCUGUUAUUCUAACACCAGCAACGGUAUCAACAAAACAAUUAUACUGGUAACUAGUUAUCUAAUUUUGUUUGACUUUGUCAGAACGCGAAAAGGCAAAGGAAAAGGAACCCGUUAAAUUACCCCAAAGUAAGUAUCUUUUCUAUGUUUAUACCCACUUUUAGGAGAAAACGGAUAUCAAUUAUUCCCUUAACAGAGGGUCUUUUCAUCAAACAAGUUCAGACAAAUAAACUCUCAUAAGUUGAAGCAAGGAAAGUCGAAGAAAGCCCAAUUAUUUGAUCCAGUCAUAAUGUUCUGAAAGGGUACAUGGAGUCCAAUGAUAUAGAAUGUCACCUGCGAUCAAAACAAAAGUAGGUAAAUUUGCAUGAUCCGACGACAACCUGAUUACUUCAUUCGACAUCAGCGAACCGGCUGUCUAGAAAAAAUAAACCAUCAGUCAGUUUCAUUUCAAUCCAAAUAUGAUUUGUCCUACAUUCUCGUGAGUAUAUUUACUAAGCAUUCAGAAAAUUUUUCUUCAGUUUCCAAACAAAGCCAUGUUUACAGAAUUGUUUGAAUAGCAAUUUCCAGGAUCAAUGUUUAAUGACUGCUCUUUGUUUGUGUGUUUGGGUUUUGGAAAACACAAAGAAAAACUUCUAAUGAUAUUGAAACCUCACUGGACUCGUAGUUGUCCAAUCAUAUUCCAGAAAGCGCUGCACCAUUGGAUAGCGUUAAUUAGCACCAAGUUGCGGCAUUGUUUCCAUAGGAACAUAACCAGACGCUUUGUUGAAUGUAAUCAUUAAAACCUUGAACAUUAGACCGACUGUAACUGCAUCGAAUUCACACGAAAAGCGCGAGUAUUUGAACCUCAUCCACACUUGCUUUUCUAAGCUUUUAUAAAGAAGAAUACUUUGUGAUUGUAAUUACGCUGGGAAGUUUGAAGUAAUCGCCGUUUCAAUAUGACAGAAGUGGCUUGUAAGUGCGAAUGGUUGCCUUGUGUAGACACAACAUUCAUUGAAUUGAAACAACCAUAACAUGUUUUCUUUUCAUUUAGUUGUUCGAGUGAAUCAUUCACUUCCAAGUUUUACAGAAGCCACACGGGAUACUGGCAUGUAAGUUGUUUUUAACUCGUUGGAAGUUUGAUACAUUGCCAACUUUAGGCCUCUCUAAAAGUUUUUUGUCGUCUAAUUUUUGGUUAUGUUCAUUUAAAAUAGUACUCGCCUGGUGAAACUUGCAAAGCCGAAGGAAUCAAAAGCGGUAUGGAUGACAAGUUUCUGGUAAGUAGUGCCAAACCAUCACUGAAGCAAACACAGCACUAGACCGCCUCGGUAAAAAUUGACUUGCGAGUCGCAAAUUUCCACGUCGACAAAUUAGAUACCACCUAAUAUUAAGAUUUGACUAACGCGGUUACAAUAGGAAGACCUGUGGCACGUCUGUCGCAAUAUCAAUUUGGCCAAAGCCCUAGCUUGGAAACCCAGGGAAGCUUUUACUUGCCUCGUUGACUUCUUCUUUGAAAGGCUUAUUAAAAAAACGAUUCAUCGAUCUCUUAGCAAACUUUUCGUCGAAAGGCAGUUCAUCCUUGAUAACUUAGCAAAUUGGUUAGAAUUACAUAGGUAUCAUUUUUUGUUCCAGGCCGAUCGUAUGGGGAAAUCAAGAUAUGAUGUGGCCCAUUUCCAGAGGAGCGCUUACAGCAAAUGCAUCGGGGAGAUUAAUGGCCUUAGCCACGCCGAAAAAAGAUUUUCAACUCGACCAUCCAUCCAAGUGUAGCAGGUACAAAAACACGAUUUUUAAAAUAGAAAGGUGGGCUUUAAAGCUUUUCAAAUUACUGAAGUGAACCGUGACAUUCAUACCUGCUGGAAAUUCUGCACGCAAUGUCAAAGUAAAAAGUUGAAAAUUAUCUCAAUCCUCUACAAUAUACGCGACUUAGUCAUCUUCAGAUCUUCAGGGAGUGUCCGGUUAUUUCCUUAUAGAGCCUUUUCGCCAAAAAUCAUCACGCGAUAACUCCUUUCGCUACUAGUCAAGUCGAUUUCCCAAGUGUAAAACUAAUUUCGAAACAAACAUAAGUCGUUUUGCUCCAGGACUAAGUUUGUAUCAUUGCCAUACUUAGUAUAAUUGUAGACAACUCCGCUUCGCGCUUCUUUUGACAGAAAAGGAAUUUUCGCACUGAAAGGAGACUCUUUAAGUGAUUCGUCCAUAAUUAAGUUUAGCGACAAGUGUUCCAGGGAAAAUUGUUCGCAAGGUUUUCUGCGUCUUGGCUCAGGUGUCAUGAGAAUCUGUAUGAGAUUCGAUAUCGCUGGAUUGUAAGUUGUUAGCACGAAUCAUUUGAUCUUUGAAUUCACUAUCACUUCUUUAAACUUAGCGCGCCCCGACCGUACUUAUUGUAGCACAACCUACGAUGAAGAAAUGAUUUGAAAAACAUUUAACUAUAAAAAAAAUUGCGAUAGAACAUUCCUUAAAAGCAUUUUAAGAUUUCUAAAAAACGACUACGUUUCGACGUUGGCUAAACGUCAUUACCAAGUUAAAAAAAGAUAUAUUUGCAAGUUGUAGUCUAUAUAUACCAAAAUAACAAUGGAUGAUAAAAAGCUGUUCCGUAAGAAAAGAACAUUAGUAAUUAAACAAAAUGUUUGGCACGUAUGGAGUCCGUCUGGAUAUUUAAAUUAGGCUUGAGAUUCUUGCUGAACAGCAUUUCAAAGACUAAACAAUCAAAUUUUCCCUGGCACUUUCUUAACACUCUAAAUUGGUUUUCUUUCAAGAGGUGGUUGCUACUUUGAGCUUCCACGAAAUGUCGACCGAUUGCCGAAUAUUUGUGCUAAGCAAUUCGUUGAUGAAGGCGUCGGGCUGUGUACCCGACAUAAUCUGCAUCGCACAGAUCACGUGAGAAAUAGUAAACAACACAUUGCCAAUUAGCAAUUGACGGCUUGAUUUCUUUGGGUUUAAAGAUCUUGCCCCAAUUUCUUGCUCACAAAAACUGGCUGCAAUGUAGGGAGAAUCUUAUGGCUAAGAUCGCGCAACUGCUUCCGAACCGCAUCAGCGGCCACUUGAUCUUUGAAUGGAAGACUAAUUCUUGCUGUGCUAUUAUCAUCGGUGUUUCUUUCCGCUGUGCCUGCCGUACCUAAAAAUAAAAUUGUUGAUAGCGGAAUCAAUAAGGCCCACAGGGGUGGUCAAGACGACUGAAAAUAGAGCGCAAUUUGACGCAUUCUGCAUUAAAAGCCUCUGUGGUAGACGAUAGGGCAUAGGCUCGGUGUAUCAUUAUCUUUAAUAAAUAGUCUUUAAAGCGUUUAUUGGUGUGAUUGUGGAAUUGUAAGAGCAAACCAGUGUUUGCUGGUUUUCGUUAAACUUAAGUUUCAAGUUUAGUUACGUUCUUCACGAUUUCAAUGCCGAUAAAAGAGAUCUUAUUACCAGCUGGAAGCUCCAUCGUAAAAGUUAAGACUGGAUUGUAGGCUAUUCAGAGUAGCAAGAAACCCAACAGCAGCAGCAGCGCUAGGCAUUCUGGCCAGGGUGUUGUCGACGUACCUCUUGUACAGAUGGGGCAUUAAGUCAUCACGCGUAAGCUUUUCUUCAAGAUGACACAUGAAGACAUUGGCCAUUAGAGGGCCAAGAGGGCAGCCCAAAGCCACACCAUCUGUUUGUUCGUAAAGUUGACCGUUAAACUGAAAAAAAAAGAAAAAGUUGAUUGGUUGUGGCAAUCUUGAGUAGUUCAGCAAGCUGGUCCUUUUGCAGAUAAAGGCCAUAAUUUUGUUGAACCAAUCAUCUGUGAAGGUUUUGUUGACCAAGAUGUAGAUAGUCUCAUCUAAAGGCACAAUGGUGAAGAGAGCUGUGACGUCGUAAGAGACCAAUAUGGUCUCAAACCUACAAUAGGCUCGAAACGAAAUAAACAAGAAAUCCAAGGAUUUUGCUAGAGGUGGAGUUACCACAACGGAUACAAUCAGGCCUAAACAAAACUUGCAAAACGGUACAGCCAUGAAGAAAAUGAGGAAUGAGGAAGUGGCUGAUAUUUGUCAUGAACCAAAUCUUUUUAAACAUACAAAAUCAUCUCUAACUGAUCUUGUAACAGUCUUAAUGAGAAAUUUCCUUGGGAAUAUCGAGAAGAAACAGGCUGUCUGUUCUUUCUUUACUACUGUUGAAAUUUCUAAUUGGCUAAAUUUGUGAUGUGUCACCGUUCAAAGACGGCCAUGUUUUCGGAAAACGAUCUCUCAUAUAAACUUGUGACUGGAUAAAAAAUUUAUUUAUUCUUGCAUGCAGACAUAACCUCGUUGAUCAUUCUCCUUUAUUUGUUUAUGGGUUAGGCAUCUUAAAUCAUAAAUAAAAUACAGUGUCAAAGCAUUAACAAUCCUUCCGAAGCACUUUCACUGUCGUAGGAGGUACCAAAAUGAAGAAAUGCAGUACAAGUAAAGCUCAUUCAAUAAAAGAUCGAAGUCGAAAGUGAAACAGCCGCGUCUUUGGUGUCUGAAGUUGAAAAUUAAUUUUUCUUAAGGACAUGCGCCCUUAAAACCAAAGGAUUGGAAUUAUUUGAUCUCACCCCUUACUCGCAGCUCUCGGAGUCUUUCAAUUAACUACGCGUCUACUCUGCCUAUGCCAAUUACAAUUAUAUCCACCACGAACUAAUAAAUUUUUCUACAAUUUUUUCGCUGCUAUAUUUUAUCACUUCUUUUUCCUGUGUAGAAGUAUACUCUAAACGCACCGAGCAAUUUUCAACUUGCGAUGGAAAAAUGUAGCCGAAGGCAGGUUUGGUCCUAAAUGCUGUGCGAUUCUUCAUUCGUAGUUAGAAGUAAAAUAACAAACAACGGAUGCGAUAGUUUCCCUGGAAAAUCUAGAGUGGCAAAGCCCCAAUAUCAAUUCAUUAUCAAGAAUCAUUCGCCCUUUAGGCGUCAUUUUGAGCCACUAACUGCAUGACUAAUAGACGAAUUUGAGAACGUUCACUUUACUACGUUUACGCCUUUGCUUUUAGUUAUAAUGUUUAUUGUUAUAGUUUAAACUACUUAUGGUGAUGCAAACGCGUUCGUGAGUUUGUAAGAUACUAGAGAUGGUGUAUGUUAGGUUAACUUACGUCACUCUUUCUUUUGCUGGAAAUUGCAGGGGACAAUACGUUUAUAGCUGUGGCCGCAGUUCUGUCAUUUGGGAUAUGCAACCCUCAGCUUUAAAAGCAAAUAUUUCCACAAGGGUCAGUCAGCUAGCAGAACCAAAGAAAUCACCACCCCAACAUGAAGAACAAAGGUAAGCACGCACUGUUUACCAGCACUGCGAGAAUACGUCCAGCAAUCGGGCAAACCUGCACUGAACUUGUGAUAUCUUUUGUUCAAUAUUUUAUCUGAUUUUUUCAACCUACGAUUUUUUUUCGAUAUGAUGUUGCCGAUUCUUUACUUUUCAAAUUUGACCAGAAGUAAAUUGUUUUGCCCAAAUUUGUCCAACUUAAGUUCUGCAGCUGUGGACUAUGUUUAGGAAUUCAUUACUUUGUUGAGGUCGUGAUGACCUUAACUACGUACUUCUUUGGUUGGCUUCACGGCAGUUUGAACUCAUUUAGCCAUCUUAAGUCAGGUGAUAAUUACAUGACUACCCAAAUAUCUUUCAGUAAGGGUUUACACACAUUUGAAAUAGGACAAGCUCGUGAAGACUGGGAAAUCCAUGCUAAAAUUCUACGCCUCAGUACAGGUCGCCUCGCGAGCAGUCUCUCGUUUGUGAAAACAUCAAAUUUGCUUUUCGCUUUUUCUUUGAGUUUGAAGAUUUGCACAUAAAAAUAGCAUUGUCAUAUGUUUAAUUAUUCGCAUUGCGACAAGUUAUUCAAAAUUCAUCGAUUGUCAAGUUGCUAGGCAUUGCAUAACCCGGUUGCUCGGGCCCGAUUGUUGAUGGACCGCGCUUACCAGCUACCUCUACAACAACGAAAAAAACAGACACAAAGUUCAGGAGUAUUUUCAGCAUGAUUUCAAACUAUCUUUAAAGGUACAAGUUUUUGCUUCGAAUUUGUCUGAACGCACGAAUGCGUUCAGCAAAUUCAAAGGCUUGCAAACUUUAGAUGUAUUUUAAUUGAAUACAUACAAUUCAAUCAAUGUUCAUAGCAAGGCUCUUUACUCUUGGUUCAGAUUUUUCUGAGAUCGUGAAAUAUUUCAGUUGUUGCUAGGCGUCAAGAUCUCCCUUUCUCUUUGCCAUGUCAAGUCCAAACCAUAACUCAAUUAGGAGCAAUGUAGUUUAAGAAUCGACAAGGGUCUAUUCAGAAGAGGGCUCACAGACUUGAACCAACAAACUAACAAUCUUGAAUACUUCAAGAAAAAGAUUUCGUUACCAGCAUUCAUUGGCCAAGGAUAGAUUAUCCAAAGACUGAACAACCUAAGAACCAGAAAAUUCGCAAAACACAGAUCAGUUCACGAAAUUAUCUUUCCCAUUGUACAUCGCGAGCUUCCAACAGAUUAUGGACUGCGUUGGAAUGAAACGAGUGACUUGAUUGUCGGAAUACUAAUCUACCUUAGGUAGAGAAUAAGUUUAUCACAACGAUAGCCAAGACACAUCAAUAAGGAAACAAUUUUGGAGCGAAAGGUCCUUUCAUCAGCUAUGGGAAUAAGAGAAUCGAUCUUCAAUUAAAAAAAUGACUUUCAUUGAGUAUUUGCGUCAAUAGACAAUAAUUAAAUGAAUUUGAACUAUUUAAUCUGCUCAAGUGUUACUGAUUUUCGCAGACACCAGAUAACGUGAAAAGGUAAUGGCUCUUUUCAAACCUUCACUUUUGCGGUUUGCCAGUAGGAGUUCCAUGCUUGGAGAAUAUUCCCGACGGGGAGAGAGAAAGAGAAUUACCCCUGGUCGCCGUUCUUACAAGGGGACGGAAUUAGGGACGGACCACAAACCCAACAUCUCCUAGGGAAUAAAACCUCGUUUCGUCGUGGAGAUCAGUCCAUAGACGAAACGCGUUCAUUUCUACCGUUGAACUUCACCUUUCAGAAAAGUAUUGCUUUGUAAUAGCCGGUGAACAUACAGCUAACAUAAAUUGGAGACCCAGCCGCGCAAUAAGUUUUUGUUUUCAUCUCAAGAUCUCGUUUCUCUUCCAUAGCUACCUCCAUGUGAUCACGUGCUGAAUGGAUCUACUUUUCAGACGGCAAAAAAACUAAAACGUAGAAAAGUGAUUCAUUUGUGCUUAGAUGAUAUGACGUUCUAAGUACCAAUCCUUGAGUGUCAGACUUAAAAGUAGCCCUUCUUCCUUCUAGGGAGGCAUACAUCUUCAGUUGCGGGAGAAGUUCACCAAUUUGGCAAGUGAGCCAAACAGCGAAAACGGCCGAGGAACGGGAACUAACACUGAGACUAGCACAUGCCAAGAGAUGUCAUCCUGAUUAUCGGCCAGGAAGGGAAGUACCCUGGAGCGUAAGUGAGCCAGCAAAACGAGCCGUGACUUCCGCACGAACCGAACAGCUAGCCCGUCCCAAGACUCGCCAAGACAGGCUCAUAAGGGAGCCAACAUGGCGCGUAUCUUCAGCCAGCAUGCGCACUGUAGCCUCAGCCCGUGUUCAGGAGCUUUCCAAGGCCAAGCAAACGGUUGAGGGAUAUUUGCCAUGCAGAGAGACUGAAUGGCAUAUCACAAGAAACACUCUCCGAGCAAUAGCCUCUGAUAGGAUUCAAAAUUUGUCCAAGCCAAUUAUACGCGAGACAAUGGACCAUCUUCAGUUUAACCCAGACGCAUUCACCGUUAGGGAAACUGCGAAGAAAGCUACCGCGUCGUCAAGGGUAGUUGAAUUAGCACAACCAAUCGCUCGUGGACACAAAUGAUUGUGUUAAAAGAUCCAAUGAAUUGUGUAGCUCACCAAAAAUUCGUUCAGACAGCGAUUUACUUUCAAUAAAUUAGAGCUAUUCAUUCAACUGAAUCGGAAACGG